UCAGUUGAAGUUAAGCUCUCGUGUUAUUCACACGAUUUCAUGUUUAUCGCUCUGUUUAGAAUUUAUUUUUGUUGUUCCAAAAAAUUUACAUUUCAAUUGAAAUUUGACUUUUGACACUCGUUUAUGAGGAAAGGAGACAAUAAUUAAAAAUGUGUCUAUGAGAAAAGAAGCCAAAAGCAUUUAUUAAUAGAAGUUGCGCCAAACGAAAUUCAAAGAAAUUGUGACAAUGACUUUGUUAGGGAGAAAUACGCUUCUCUUAUCAUUUUUUAUGAUAACGUUAACGUUUGUAAAAUGUGGAGAUAUUUGUGACUACAAUUGCAGAUGUCUUGAUAUUGACGCAGAUAAAACGAUUGUAAAUUGUAAAGGAUACAAAGGUCACACACCUGAGAUUGAUUUUGACAUGAUGGAAUGGCCAAGAACAACAAAUCGAUCGAUUCUAGGGUUUUUUAAUUUUAUGUCACUACGUUUACUACCAAAAAUUUCUGGUGAUUCAAAUGUAAUUUCACUCAACUUUGAUGACAACCUGAUAAGAACGCUUGUAUCAAAUCCAUUCGAGUACUUCAAUAAUUUAGAGACAAUAUCGUUGGCAAACAAUUUCAUAUCAGAAUUGACUAAAGACUUUCUAAAGUCAACAACAAACUUGAAAACGUUAAUUCUUUCAAACAAUUCCUUAUCAACCAUUGAUCCAAUUAUUGUUAGCCACUUGAAAAAUCUUCGAGAAAUAAAUUUAUCACUUAACGAAUUCACAAAAUUAUCUGCUGAUCUCCUUGAAGCUUUAAGUUCGGUAGAAGUUUUGAGAAUGGAGAAUAAUAAACUUUUUACAAUUGAUAACGCCUACAAUAAAAUUGACUAUCAGUUACGGCAGCUUUUCUUAGGAUACAAUCAAUUCACUGUUAUCACUGGAUCUAUGUUUGAGAAUUUCAUGAAUUUAGAGUCCAUCGACUUAUCGAAUAACAAAAUCAAAAACAUUGAUGAAAAUGCUUUUGCGUCACUUGACUCGUUGAAGCUUUUGGACUUGUCGAAGAAUAAUAUUCGCCAAGUAAAUCUUGAACUGCCAAAUUCAUUAUUAUUGAUUGCUAUGGCAAAUAACGAGCUAGCAGCAUGGCCAUUUUCAAAUAUACCGGAAAGUUUAGAGCAACUCGAGUUGCAUUUUAAUUGUCUUGAAGUAAUUUUCCCAAAGGAUCGUUCGGUGAAAAACUUAAAGUUAUUGGAUGUAUCAAACAAUGUUAUCGAAAACAUGCCAAACACUCAAUUCUUCAAACUUGAGAAACUUGAUUUAAGUUACAAUCACUUCACGUCAGUUCCAGAAAAUUUAAAUUCGAUGGCUCCAUUGCUUCAUGACUUAAUUCUUGAUGGAAAUCCAAUAUCAAGCAUCUACAUCAAUGAAAACACAGUUUUGGGAUCGAUUUCAUUAAAGGAGCUUACAGAUCUUGAGACUAUAGAUGAAGGAGCUUUUUCAAAUCUUUCGGGGUUUAAAAUUACUGCUGAUGGAACUGGAACAUGUGUUGACGUUUUCAUUUCCAACAACAAGAAUCUUCGUGAAAUUGAUAGCCGAGCUUUCGAAGGUGUUGACUUUUGCUAUCUCGAUCUAAGUUAUAAUCAACUUAUGCAAAUUCCUAAGAAUUUAACUGACUGGAGUAAAAUACAAGAAGGAAUUGAUCUUCAAGGCAAUCCAUUAGCAUGUAAUUGUGAAGAUGAAUGGAUGAUUCAUGAUAUCUUAGAAAAACUUUACUCACGACUUGAUCAUCAAUUUCUUUUAAUUGAUUUAAAGUGUGAAGCACCAAAAGAUUUUAAAGGCGUUCGUUUUGUUCAGUUUUUAAAUCAUGAGGAACCUUUCUGCGAUCCAAAUUUAAAUAGAAAAGGAUUCGAGAAAAUCAUAGAAGGUCCUAAUACCGCUGGAAUAUUUCCCGGAAUAUUUUCUUCGGGUGACAGCAAGGAAAAUAUAAAUUUUGAGCUAACUCAUGGCCCUGGGUUUGUAAUCAUCGUCACAAUGUGCGUAUUAAUUCUUGUGUUGAUGAUUUUCUUCGGUGUUCGAUGGCAAAGAGAACAUGAUCGUAAAAGAGCGAGACGAAAUCGAUUUUACGGAUAUGACGAUUAUUAGAAUCUAAGACGACAAUUUUGAAGUUCUAGUUUUAUAUUUUAUUUUAAAUAUUUUUAAAUGUUUAGAUAUCACGAAAAUGUAUGAAAUAAAAAUUGUAAUUAAGCUUAAUGAAGUGUAGUAUGAGAUCUUUGAAUUCCUUCAGAUGUUGUUUGCGAUCCAGAUGGAUUAUUUAUCCCGAUUAUAUUUUCUACUCGGUUUGUCGUCUCUCUUAGAAUGUCAGGCAUUUCUAAUGGAAUGUGAGCUGAAAAUCUUUUGUAAACUGAAUCUUUGUUAUUUGAAUUGUCUUUUUUCCUUCUGGUCUCUUCAUAUUUCAAUUGUUGUUUCAGAAAUAUUGCAUUCUUAAGCAGCUCUUGUAUGUUCUUAAGAGGCUCUUCUGCUGCGUCUAUUGACUUGACAGCUUCAACGCUGUAUUCAAGGUCGUAACAAACACCUUGCAAAUCUUCUUUAAGUUUCAAUACAUCACUUCUUUUCUCGAUUAUUACAGGAACAACUUUCCGAACAUUUUCCUGAAUGCGAUAGAAGGCAAGUGACGGUUCAUUUGCCACAAUGUGAAUGUUUUCAGAAAUUUUCUCGUUUGUUUUCUUAACUUUAGCAUUCAACGCAGAGUCAUUAGAUUGAUUCAUUUUGUGUUGUUAUAUCUUAAACUACUUAAAUAAGUGUUUGUUAAUCUUUUUCC